AUGGGUAACGGUCCAUCUAACAUGUCGGGGAACGGGAAGGAUGGAAAGGACAAGAAGUCGAUGCAAAAGAAGUGGGAGCCACCCCUCCCCACACGGGUUGGAAAGGCGAAAAAGAAAAGAGGCCCUUCCGCUGUCAACAAGCUCCCGACUGUCUUUCCGACCUCUCGUUGCAAGUUAAAACUCUUGAAAAUGGAAAGAAUUAAAGACCAUUUGCUACUGGAAGAGGAAUUUGUCAUCAAUCAGGAGAGGUUGAAGCCCAAAGAAGAAAAAGCAGAGCGAGAAAGGUCCGAAGUUGAUGAUCUCCGUGGUUCGCCGAUGGGAGUUGGAACCUUAGAAGAGAUCAUCGAUGACGAUCAUGCGAUCGUCUCUUCUGCCACUGGCCCCGAAUACUACGUCAACAUCCUCUCAUUUGUUGACAAGGACUUACUCGAGCCCGGUUGUAGUGUUUUACUACAUCACAAGGUCAUGAGUGUUGUUGGGGUCUUGGGUGACGACACAGAUCCGAUGGUCAGUGUAAUGAAGCUCGACAAAGCGCCCACCGAAAGCUAUGCAGAUAUUGGAGGGCUCGAUCAACAAAUCAUGGAGAUCAAAGAAUCAGUCGAGCUACCGUUGACUCAUCCUGAACUGUACGAAGAAAUGGGCAUCAAGCCUCCCAAAGGUGUGAUUCUGUAUGGCCAGCCGGGUACCGGAAAGACCUUACUGGCCAAGGCUGUUGCUCACCAAACAAGCGCUACCUUCCUCCGCGUCGUCGGUUCAGAACUUAUUCAGAAAUACCUGGGUGACGGUCCCAAAUUAGUCCGUGAGCUGUUCAGAGUGGCGGAGCAACACGCCCCUUCCAUCGUCUUCAUCGAUGAAAUUGAUGCAGUUGGAACCAAACGGUAUGAUUCGAAUUCUGGGGGCGAGCGGGAAAUCCAGCGAACGAUGUUGGAGCUCCUGAAUCAACUGGAUGGAUUUGAUUCUCGGGGAGACGUGAAAGUGAUCAUGGCCACAAACAAAAUCGAGACGCUCGACCCAGCAUUGAUCCGACCGGGACGGAUCGACCGAAAGAUCGAGUUCCCACUGCCGGAUGUGAAGACCAAGCGGCACAUCUUCAAACUUCAUACCGGCCGAAUGACCUUGGCGGAUGAUGUGGACUUGGAUGAAUUUGUGAUGAUGAAGGACGAACUCAGUGGGGCUGAUAUCAAGGCGGUCUGUACCGAGGCUGGCCUCAUGGCCCUCCGCGAACGUAGGAUGAGAGUGACUGCUAAAGACUUCAGAUCGGCUAGAGAGAAGGUUCUUCACACCAAACAAGAAAAUAUGCCCGAAGGCUUGUAUCUUUAG